ACAACCCUCCCACAUAGGCAUACUUGAGCAGCAGUUUGGGGAAACAGGUACUGAAAGAGACGCACGCAUUGAGACUGAGACGGCGACAGUGUCUCAGAAAGACUGAACGAGAUAGACGGAGGAAAGGGGGAGGGGAGAAAAGGUCUUCGAGUCAGGAAAAAAACCCAAACACAACGCUCGGAAAGAGAAAGGCAGGGGAGCAGAGUUAGUGCAUGGCUGGAUUAGGAAAGAGGAAGAUCACAUGCUGCUCUGGCAUGAAAGAUAAGUGCAAGUGAGUGAGAGGGAGAGCAGAAUAACAAACCACCUACAGUUAAAUGAUCGGCGCUGUAAGAGAAGCAGCACAGCAGAAUAUGGUGGAAUAAAAGGAGUUUGGUCUUUAUUGGCUCUACAAACCUCUUCUCUGGACUGGAGGAAGGACAUUGCCAUCUGAUCACUUGGACCCGUGAGAACUAUUUUCUGAUCAAAGUGGAAGCCAGCCAGUGGCUUCCAGGGUUGUGUCUGUGUGCGGGUCUACAUGUGUGUGCGGACUGGACAUAUGUUGUACUUGUGGAUGUUGGAUGAAAGGCUAGACCAUGAGUAUUAUUCUUAAGCCACGGUCACGCUCAACCAGCUCAUUGAGGAACGCGGAGGGAAUAUGUUUCGAUGUGGACAAUGGCACGUCAUCAGGUCGAAGCCCCCUGGACCCGAUGGCCAGUCCAGGCUCAGGCCUCAUCCUACAGGCCAAUUUUGUCCACAGCCAGCGGAGAGAGUCAUUCCUCUACCGCUCUGAUAGUGACUACGACCUCUCCCCCAAGUCUAUGUCAAGAAAUUCCUCCAUUGCCAGUGACAUCCAUGGUGACGAUAUGAUUGUAACACCAUUUGCACAGGUUCUUGCAAGUUUAAGAACUGUAAGAAACAACUUUGGUGCAUUAACUAACCUACAGCAAGACAGGGCAUCUAACAAGAGAUCACCAAUGUGUAACCCACCUCCCAUCACCAAGACUACCUUCACAGAGGAGGCCUACCAGAAACUGGCCACAGAGACCCUGGAGGAGCUGGACUGGUGCCUGGACCAGCUGGAGACACUUCAGACGAGACACUCAGUCAGUGAAAUGGCAUCCAACAAGUUUAAAAGGAUGCUGAAUCGGGAGCUGACUCACCUAUCGGAGAUGAGUCGUUCUGGGAAUCAGGUGUCUGAGUUCAUCUCCAGCACUUUCCUGGAUAAGCAGCAUGAAGUAGAGAUGCCAUCCCCACAAACGCAGAAGGAAAAGGAAAAGAAAAACAAGCCCAUGUCACAGAUCAGUGGAGUAAAAAAACUGCAACACUCUUCCAGCCUCACAAACUCAAAUAUCCCACGAUUCGGAGUUAAGACUGAGACUGAAGAUGAACUGGCUAAGGAGAGGGACUUGUUGAAAACAUUUAAAAUUCCACUUGACACCUUUAUAACAUACCUGAUGACCUUAGAAGACCAUUAUCAUGGCGAUGUGGCCUACCAUAACAACAUCCAUGCUGCUGACGUCACCCAGUCAACUCACGUGCUGCUAUCCACCCCUGCCCUAGAGGCUGUGUUUACAGACCUUGAGAUCUUAGCUGCCAUCUUUGCCAGUGCAAUUCAUGAUGUGGACCAUCCUGGAGUGUCCAACCAAUUCCUCAUAAAUACCAAUUCAGAGCUAGCCUUGAUGUACAAUGACUCGUCGGUGUUGGAGAACCAUCAUCUGGCUGUUGGUUUCAAGCUCCUACAAGAAGAGAACUGUGACAUCUUCCAAAACUUGACCAAAAAACAAAGACAAUCACUACGAAAGAUGGUCAUUGAUAUUGUACUUGCGACGGACAUGUCAAAACAUAUGAAUCUUUUGGCCGAUCUGAAAACAAUGGUAGAAACCAAGAAGGUGACCAGCUCUGGGGUGUUGCUGCUGGACAACUACUCUGACAGGAUACAGGUUCUCCAGAACAUGGUUCACUGUGCAGACCUGAGCAACCCCACCAAGCCUCUUCAGCUGUACCGCCAGUGGACAGACCGUAUCAUGGAGGAGUUUUUCAGCCAAGGUGACCGAGAGAGGGAACGGGGCAUGGAGAUCAGCCCUAUGUGUGACAAGCACAACGCUUCGGUAGAGAAGAGCCAGGUUGGAUUCAUAGACUAUAUUGUUCACCCUUUGUGGGAGACGUGGGCCGACCUGGUUCACCCAGAUGCCCAGGACAUCCUGGACACAUUAGAAGACAACAGAGAGUGGUACCAAAGCACCAUCCCCCAGAGCCCUUCUCCAGCACUGGACGAUCCAGAGGACGGCACUAGACCCCCUGGAGGGGACAAGUUCCAGUUUGAGCUGACGCUGGAGGAGGACGGGGAGUCAGACACUGAGAAGGACAGCGGCAGCCAGCCGGAGGAAGAGGAGGAGGAGGAGGAAGAGGAAGAGGAGGAGGAAGAGGAAAAUAGCUGUACUGACUCAAAAACACUCUGUACGCAGGACUCUGAAUCAACAGAAAUUCCUUUGGAUGAACAGGUGGGGGAUGAUGAUGAUGAUGAUGAAGAAGAGGAGGAGACAGUAGAGGAGGGCGAGACACCCUGCUCACAAGCGUGUGUUGUUCAGGAAGAGGUAGCAGAGGAGGAAGCGGAGGAGGAGAGGAAGACACCUGACACAUAGCAGUUGUGGACAGCAGACGAUUAACUGCUUUUCUUAGUAAUGACAGAUGAUUAUUUAUAGAAUAUUUUUUGGGGUUUUGUGAAAUCUGUGUUUUUUAUACAUCUAUGUUUCUGGUUCCAAAGCGUGUGCUGCUCUCUCUUGGCCAUCAUCCUGUCAGCUUUGUUCAGACACGCCCAUCGGUACUACUUAAAAGUUUUUUUGCACUCAGGAAAAACUCCUUUUCAUUUUCAUUUGUACUGAAGUGGUGCGACUUUCUUUUGCUUUGACACCUCCACUCUGCAACCUUAUGUUUAUGACGUGGACUAUCAGUGCUCACACUGCUUAAUGCUGCUCAUGCAUUACAUCGUUUUUUUUGUCUUUCUGCUUUGUCUCUGCCUUGCCAGAAAGUUUAGUAGUGUCCUUACGUUUUUUAUUAAGUGCCCAGAAUCGUUUAGGUCACAUCCUCCCCGCUCUGAAUUAGAAAGGUUUGUUACGCUGCCGUUCAGUUGAAAACAAGUCUUUGCGCCAUGCCACAGAAAUGGUGACUGCAGCACACUCGGGAGCUUUUCAAAACACAUUUCUGCCGUGGAAGUCUUCCUUGAAAAGCUGACUGACACAAAGUUUAAAUGUGAACAGCCAUGUCCUCUUUCUUUUUUAUAUUGUACCGUUGCCAGUGCGUUGAAGGGUUCUCUUCAUAGCUGGAUUAUACGAGGAGUGUUUUUAGCUGUUCUUACUUGGGCCAAUAGAAUUUAUUCUCCCAUUCACAUGCCACUGUACGCAUAUUCAGUUCCUAUAUGUUGACAGUUAUAUUACUUUUAUGGUAACAAAUAUUUUGGUAGUUUUCACUGAGAAGGAAGCAGAAACCUGAGGUCUUAUGCUUCACUCCCACUGGAACCAUUUAUGUGGAUGAAGCCUUUAAAUUUGAUUAAUCUUGCCUGCAGUUCUUUUGAACACAUCCCAAUACAAUGCAAUGCUUUAUAGUUGAUACAAAAAGCACCUUUUUUAGAAGCUUGAUUAGUGCUCUGUUUGUAUAGAAUUAGUAAUGGUGUUUAAAGAUUACUUGGGUGGUUUUAUACCAAUGUUAUAAACACUUUGCUUUCUUUACACAUCAGUGACAGCUGCUUGUCUUAAGCCACUUAUGUUACAAUGUUGGCUUCAUUUUUAAUGUACUUUAUGUUAAAUAGCAUUGACUCCAGUUACUGUCUUAGUUUUUAACAAGACAAUCAGUUCCAUAGCAUAGUCACAAGGUAAGACUAUUCUCUAAGUAGAUCUCUAAUGCACUAAUAUAUUCAUAUGUCGCCUCUUUAAUAGUUCUUAUAUGUUUUAACCUUGCCAAAACACUGACUCAUGCUUGAACACAGGUUGAACUGUGUUGUCCCACACCUCAGCCAAGAGUCUAUUACCUUUUUCCAUGUUUCUACCAUUUUAAAUGACUUACACCCAAUGCUAUUAUUUAUUGGUAUAUUUUUCUAUUUGUUGAGUUGUUUUUGCAAUAUAAAAGUGGUACACUUUAUAUUUUACUGUAGCAUAUACCACAGGCUUGCGGGUUACAACACCCAAACUUUUCCCCAUGUACAUAAUGUAAUGAAAAAAAAAACAACAAAUGUAAAAGAAAGGACAAAAAGAAAACACUUGAAAUAUCGCACACCGCUUUUUUGAAAAGUGCUCGUUUUAAUCAUGUCUUUUUAAAACUUUUAUUUCAACAUUUUAUUUGUGCCAAUAUUUUUUUUCCAUCCUCACCCAAAGCCCUUACCUGUAAUAAAAAAGAAUCUGGUUUUAUCGCUGUUUACAAACAUAUAUUUAUUGUGCUGUAUAUAAUAUAUAAUUAUUAAUGUUAUUACUAUCAUAAUGCAGUUUGCUGUAAAUGGUUGAUUCUUAUCAUCCCUUUUGGUGAUGGUGUGGCUGUAUUAUGUACCUCUUGUUGAGAGAAUGUUUAUUACACAUGAGCUUCAGUGUAAAAAUGAUCCAUUGACUUGUUGCUUAUCUGAGAACUAGCUCAGUGAAGAGAGGGGGAAAGCCAAAUUGUUUUUUAAAGAGAAGCUGUUCCUUGGCCCAUGGGCUGUGCCUUAAAUUCAACACAUCAUUUACUUUAGCCUUUUUUAAUU